ACAGCCUUAGGAAGAAUGGAUAAGCAUGGAGUGAAGACCCCCUUGUGGAAGAAGGAACUGGCGGAGCCGCCGCCCAGCGACGCGGAGGCGGCCGCAGAGGAGGGUUCGGAGGAAGGGGAAGAAGAGGAGGACGAGGAGGAGGAGGAGGAGGAGGCGGCAGCGAGGCCGCGGGAGCAGAGUGGGGCGGAGGGCGAGGCUCCGCGCCGGGAGGCGGAGGGCGGCGAGGGCCGCGAGCGAGGCUCGGUGUCCUACUGCCCGCUGCGCCAGGAGUCCAGUACCCAGCAGGUGGCGCUGCUGCGACGCGCGGACAGCGGCUUCUGGGGCUGGCUCGUGCCGCUCGCGCUGCUGGGCGGCCUGGCGGCUCCCGCGGACAGGAAGCGGAGCCUCCCGGAGCCGCCUUGCGUGCUGGAGACGCGGCGCCGGCCGCCUCGCGCUGGGGGCUGUGCGCGCUGCGAGAUCCUUUUCUGCAAGAAGUGCAGGAACCUGCACAGCCACCCGGCCUACGUGGCGCACUGCAUUCUGGAGCACUCCAGUCCGCGAAAGGCGCGGGCUUCGGGGGGCGCGGGGGCCGCCGGGUGCCCCUGAGCGCGCCCGCCGCCAACCCUGGUGCCCUCCGUCUGCGCCUGACCCCGGCCUCUCCUCCACCACCUCCUCUUCUCCGAUGCGGAGCGCUCUCCCUCACACUCCACAGACUUGCCCCUUCCCAGAACGCCUUCUCCAAGCCCGCAGGCCGGCCCACGGUCGCCGCGGGCGUUCCCACCUGUCACCGUGCGCCACCCAAGGCUGAGCCCAAUGUCACCUGGAGCACCUCCCGAGAGCUCCCCUCCAAGCGGCACCAAGUACCUCCCGCUCGCCUGACUCGCAUCUCCUGGGUAGUUCAGGUCCUCUGGCCCAGUGGGCAGAGGCGUCGCCUAGAGAAACUAACCCUUGGGUUCCCUCGCGGCUGAGAAACCUGCCCCUGCCUUUCCAAUCACCCA